AUGAUCGAGCUCCAUCCCACAUUUGAAUAUCUUUCUGUGAUUCCGGACAUCUACGUCUCCUCAUUUCGUCCUCUCUACCCACCAUAUGUCAAUAUGACUUCGCUAGCAUUUCUUGUCGUUGGCAUCGCUUUUGCCCUUAUCUGCACACUGAUUUUCAGUGCUUCUCAUGUUUCUUCGUGUAUGCACGCGAUCAUCGGAUUCCAUGCGAGCGAGCGAACUCAACGACUUCAACGCAAAUUCUUUCUAUCUUUAUGCAUCCAGGAAAUGAUUCCCGUUGUUGCGAUGACGGUCCCAUGGACAUAUUUUGCAAUGUUGAUGGCAUUACAAAGCAAUUACAUCAAUCAAUGGUUGAACAAUCUCCUCUUCUCACUUCUCACCACCCAUGGAUCGGUCUCUUGCAUUUCCCUGUUAUUCCUCACCGAACCAUACAAGAGAUUCGUCUUCAGCCUCCUCAAAAAGAUCCCAGGCUUAAAAACAAUCCAAACAGCACCGUUACCUCAAGAAUCGACGCUUGGAUCAAAGUCGACGGUGGCCAUUUCGCAAAAU